AUGGCGAACCGCUACGGCGACGCGGGCGAUGAAUCUCCCAUAACGUCCGCGCGCGCGAGCGAUCUCGCGCGCGCGCGCGUCGACGGCGCGCGCGGCGAGAGCGCGAACGCGUUUUCACAAUCUGGGGGGACAAAAGAAGAUGGCCCACGCUCGCGGAAAAAACGCGCGGUGUCGCCCAUCGACGCCAUCUGGCAGCCCGAAGACCUCGUCGUGGGACGAAAAUCGGUCGUCCCGAAGGAGUUGUCGACGUCGAUGCGCGCGCUGUCGGACAUCGGGAACGCGGGCGCGGCGCCCGCGCGUGAGGCUGACGCGCCGAACGAAAUAGACGUGGAGUCGUACUUGCUCGGACAAAAGCACGCGCUGGAAUCGGCGUUCGAUAAAUCGUUACCGCAGAGACAGUUAUUGGGGGCGUUGCAGCUCGCGCUGCACGACGUGCGCGAGAAGACGAGCAAGUUGGAGGCGUCGAGUUCGGAAAUCGAAGGCGCCGUUCGGCGUUCCGAGGGCGUCCAAAAUCAAGUGACGGGCGACGUUCGCGCGCUGACGACGUCGACGAUUCCGGCGAUUGAACGUGCGAUCGGCGAGCUGCGAUCGCGCAUGGAUGCGGAGGAACGACGGAAGACGAUGUCAUUGACGGCGUUGGUGAAGGAGACGGCGAUGCGAACGCUCUUCGGCGUCGCUUCGCUCGAGACGGCGGUGGGGAACUUCACGCGAUCCGUGCUGUUCCCUCCAAUCAAUGAGGGCGAUGCGUCGGCGGUGGACGCGGUGGACAAGGUCGAUGCGACUCCAGAGUACGCGCAAACGCUCGGCGCGAUUUUUCUCGUAACGGCGCUCGAACUCGCCUCGAGAACGAACGAGUAUAUUCGCUCGAGAGCACCGCCGAGCGUGCAACGGACGACGACGACGUUUACGUGGGGUUUAAAUGCAUGUCGCACACUGGUGUGGGCAGCGGCUGCGAUUGAAUGUCUACAAUUCACGAAAGUGCGCUGUCACGCGCUCGCGUCGAUCGCUUCUUCGUUUGACGCCGUGGACAACGCCGCGCUGGAGACGCCCUCGGACGAGCAUUCGUUCGAUACCGAUGAACACGUUAACGUGGAUGACGGCGACGACGUCGAUGACGCGCGAUCGACGCCAGAGACGGUGGAGGAGACGCAGCGUUCGAACGGUGCUUCGUUGCACGCCUCGGACGCGACUUCGGCGACGACGAAAGGCGACGAGUCGCGCGAUGAGGUUUCGCUGGAAGAAAAUACGGACCCGCGAGCGAACGAAACGAACCCGACGAAGAAGCCGACGGGCGAGACGGUGACGUGCGGGCUCUCCAAGAACGUCGAUUUCUUACUCGUGAAGACUGGCCACGUGAAGUCGAUAUCAAAGCGUAAGGCGAAAACAACCACGGUGUCGCAGAAGAAACCGUCGAACGAGGUGGCGCUGGUGGAAAUGCCGCGCGCAUCGCGCACGCUGACGACUGCAAACGACAAGCGCUCGACCGCACACACGUGGAAGUCGUGUCCGUUUGCUAUUGCGCAAGGAUCCGAGCCGGCGCCCGCCGGAUCGCAACAGUGCGGUAACUGCAGAGCGUUGGAUUUGUUUUAUCUUGAUUCGUCGUGGAAUCAAUGA